UCAUUUACAUAAAAGGUUAAUGUGUUUCCCCUAAGUUUAUGUUUCAACUUCAAAGCCACCUAAAUCACCAUAUUUUACUUCCAAAAAUUUCAAGUAUGGCUGAAAUGCAAUACUAUAUCCAACUUUUUUUUGUUUUGGUAAUAUCCACCGUUGCAAUUCAAACCCUACUUACUAGAAAGAAGAACAAAAAACAUCUUACACCACCAAGCCCUCUUGCCUUACCUAUCUUUGGACAUUUUCACCUUAUGUCUAAGUUACUACCAGCUCACCAAAGUUUUCACAAGCUUUCAAUUCAAUAUGGACCCAUAAUGAAACUCUUUCUAGGCUCUGUGCCUUGUAUAGUAAUUUCUAGUCCGGAAAUAGCCAAGGAGUUUCUUAAAACACACGAAACUUUCUUCUCGAAUCGUUUAAUAAACUACGCUAUUGACUACUUAUCAUAUGGCUCACAGGAUUUCAUGUUUGCGCCUUAUGGUGAAUAUUGGAAGUUCAUGAAAAAGAUAUGCAUGUCAGAGCUUCUUGGUGGAAGAACUAUUGAUCAAUUCCGUCCGUUGAGGCAACAAGAGACCGUGCGGUUUCUUAGACUUCUGCAGAAGAAAGGGGAAGCCGGCGAAGCUGUUGAUGUCAGUGGCUUGCUCUUGAAUCUCACGAAUAGAAUCAUAACAAGGAUGACCAUGAGUAAAACUUUUAAUGAAAAUGAUAGUAAUGUUGAAGACCUUAGGAACAUGGUUCAUGAUUUUUCAGAACUUGCAGGGAAGUUUAGUAUGUUAGAAUAUAUUUGGUUUUGUAAGAAUUUGCAUAGGUAUAGAAUUUCCAAAAGGCUUAAAGGGAUGCAGAAAAGGAUGGAAACAAUGAUGGAGAUGGCGAUAAGGGACCGUCAAAAGGAAAGGAAGAAAAUAAAGGAAAACAGUGAAGGUUCUCAUGUUAGGGAUCUUCUUGAUAUUUUGUUGGAAAUUCAUGAGAACAAUAACACUGAGAUUGGGAUCAAGUUAAACAAGGAGAAUGUCACGAGUUUCAUCGUUGACAUAUUUUUAGCAGGAACAGACACAUCUUCGACAACAAUCGAAUGGGGUCUAGCAGAGUUAAUAAACAACCCACGGGUGAUGGCGAAAGCAAGGGAAGAGAUUGAUUCAGUAACAGGAAAGAGUAGAUUAAUACAAGAGUCCGAUCUUCCCAAUCUUCCAUAUUUGCAAGCUAUACUCAAAGAAACAUUAAGACUUCACCCUACAGUACCAUUAGUGGUAAGAGAAUCAUCUGAGAAUUGUAAUGUUUGUGGGUUUGAGAUUCCAAGGAAAACUAUUUUAUUUGUUAAUUUGUGGUCAAUGGGAAGGGACCCAAAAUUGUGGGAGAAUCCAUAUGAGUUUAAACCGGAGAGGUUUAUGAGUGAAGAGAAUAAGUUUGAUGUGAGGGGACAAAAUUUCCAACUUAUGCCAUUCGGAACUGGAAGACGGGGUUGCCCCGGUGCCUCAUUAGCACUUCAAGCUGUUCCAACAAAUCUUGCUGCAAUGAUUCAGUGUUUUGAAUGGAAAGUUGGUGGUGAUGGAACAGUUAACAUGGAAGAGAAACCUUCAACCACCCUUCCAAGGGCUCAUCCUUUGAUAUGUGUCCCUAUUCCUCGUUUUCAUAGCUUUCCUUUUGGGGAAUAGACUCUCAAUUAAAUUGCACCAUAUAUAGCUUUGAAAGUACUCCCUCCCAUCAUGUUUAUAAGAAACAUUCAGGUCAACAAAAUGUGAUGUAUCUGGUUAAGAAUUUAGACCAAACACACCAACUUUUUUUGACCAAAAUAUCUCUUAUAAAUAGGACCGGAGGGAAUAGUUAUAAGUAAUUUUCAUGUAUUGAUAAGUGAUAUCUUUUGCUGUAGUAAAAAAAAUAAUUGUUCUCUUUUCGUUGUAGUAAAUGUUGCAAUCAUCCCAAUAGUGGAUAUCUGUUCUUGCAAGUCUAUUGAAGAAAUCAUAUACAAAUGUUUUUAUAUUUCAUUA